GCGUUUAUUCUAGUAACGUCUGAAAUCUGUAAGAGUUAUUACUGAAACAAAGGUUUAAGUGCAGUUUAUUUGGUGCCUUUCUGGAACCUUUUCAUUGUUGGGUUUAAAAAGUUUCAAUAUUGUCGGAAUAACGUGUUAAAAUCGAUGUUUUCGUGAUUCAAAGCAGAAGCAAUGCAGCGGUAAAUACUUACGUGCCGUAUGUUGAAUAGAAAUUAUAAAAAUUGGUGCGAAAAUGAGUAUUAAAAGGAUCGAAGCCGAUGUGGAUGAUCGGGCCCGGGACAGCGCCUGCUAUUUUUGUAAUGAAAUGUUCGAGAUGGGAAAAUUACAGAAUCAUUUGAAACAAUGCGGUAGUAUACUAGAGCAAUGUCCGCUGCGAUGUGGAGCGUGGAUACAGAGGAAACACAAGGAUACACACGUCAAGGACUGCCCUCAAAUGGUAAGGAAUCGAGAAGCUGUCUCUCCCAGUCAUGUCCGUGCCUCCGACCCGGUUCCUCCUCAUGAAGGAACGCCCACCGUUCAUACAUGGACUCCACAUUCAAUACCCUUAGAGGACUGUGUCUCUUACCUUGAGAAGGAAAUUACAUCCAUCAAGUUGAUUCUCACCGAGGAGUCCAGUCAUCGUGAUGUCCAGUCCACUGAGAUAGACAACCUGAGAUCCAAGUUGGUGUUGGUCGAGGAACGAGCACAACACUUCCUCUCAACGUUAGUUUCCUUAAGAGCCGCUGUUGAUGAUGAGGCUGAGAGAUCAGCCAACUGGGCGGCACAGUUCAAACACGACCUCGCUAAUGUCCAGCUUGCUUUACAGGAGUUACAAAGCCAGCAGAUGAAUACAGCAAUGCGUUUAGAGAGCGUCGUAAAUAGUCUCGUACACGAGCAACGAGAGAGGGAGCUGUUGGAACAGGCGAUGACAGAUCAUGAUAAUAGGAUAAGGAGCAUCAAAGCAUUGGAGGAAGCGGUAAACUAUCUAAAGCAGACAAUAGAAGAAGAGAGGCAGCGCAAUGAGGAAAAUCAAAUUGGAUUAAUGGGUGAGAUGGUUGGGGGUCGUUUGGCAAUAGAUCGUUUAGCAGUUCUGGAAGUAGCCAGCGCAGAUGCUAGGGCGGAAGCGUCAGAACAAACAGCUAAGAUGGACUUGGUCUCUAGAGAUCUCAGGGCUUUAACAAAAUCCUACCACAAGUUGAGAAACGAGCUCAUAGACUUCCAGUCAAAGGUCAGCUUGGACAAUCCGGAGCUCGGUGGAGACAAUGGUCAUCUUAUCUGGCGAAUAGAUAACUUCCAGGCCCGAAUGAAAGAAGCCAAGGAAAAAGACUCCGUAUUGACAAGUCCUCUCUUCCGUACCAGCAAAUACGGUUACACAUUAAAGGCUGAAUUAAAUUUGAACGGUAUCGGUAAAUGGAAAGGACGACAUCUGACGUGCACGCUACGCCUUGUGGCCGGCCCGUACGACCAACUUCUGGACUGGCCCUGCGAUCUCACAAUCAACAUCGUCUUGAAGGAUCAGCCCGCCAAUAGAAGUCAGGCAACGGAUGUUGUUAAAACUCUGGAUUUGCGUCGUAAAUCGUCUUCAAAGCGGCACGACUACGACAUCUCCGGCGACGACAAGACCAGAUCGACAGAAUCCCUCGACCUUAACGUCAUACAGAUGAAGAAACAGUACAUCUUCAUACCUCACACCAGUCUCGAUAAAUUUGAAUACAUCAAAAAUGAUAUAAUGUUCUUGGAAUUUAUAGUAAACCAAUAAGAAAAUCACUGUUACAUUUAAGUUGCAAGAAUUAUUGAAGAUUUUGGAACAAAAAAACUUAAUCUCAUGUUUCUAAGAUACAAAGAAGGUGCAUUUUGUUUUUAUGAAGAAGGCUAGAAACUUGCAGUUAUAUCCCUUUCUAUUCAUGCUAAGGCUUCAUUCACACUGGAAUUUCGCAAUAUUUCACCGAUGUGAACGUUUUUAUUUAAUAAACGAAUAGUGUUAUGAUUCUGAAUACUGUAUAGAAUGCUUUCUAAAAGUUUGCCGUAAAGAAUAGUGGGGAUUCUGUAUAGACCCAGUCAUAUUUUUACGUUCACCUAAAUUAUAUCCUUAAUCAGCUAUUAGAUGACAUUUUUGUGACAUGACAAUUACAGAUAGAUUAGCGGAAUGUAUGAAAUCAAAACACCCGCCAAUUUUAUAUAUUCUCUAG